GUCGAAUAGAAAAGUCCCCCAUGAACAACCAUCGUUCUGGUGUAACAAAUUGUGAGAUUGUUUGCGCUUUGUUUGCUACGGAACCUCUUUGCGCAGCCUACGUACAAAGCAUUUCAAACCUCAAAGAUUUCCCAGGCAAAACACUAUAAAGGCGCUGCGCCGUGUCGCCUCUACUUCCCUCCACGUAUCGCCAAUUUCUCUCAAACAAAUCUUUCACACUGUAACAUGGUUUCAUUUGACUGUAGAGUAGAUAUAGUAAAGGAAGACAUCACCUACCAUGCGUAUGAUGCCAUUGUCAAUGCAUGCAACAGAAACCUAGAUGGCAAUUAUGGAGUCAGUAAAGAAAUUCAUAAAGUUGCUGGACCCAAGUUAUUACAAGCAUGCCAAAGGCUAGGCGGUUGCGAAAUAGGCAACGCCAAGAUCACCAAAGGGUACAAUCUCUCAAAAUAUGUAAUACAUGCCGUUGGUCCAAAUGACCUCGACCGAGGAAAGCUGAGGCAUUGCUACACCAAGUCGCUGAGUCUAGCAGAAGAACAUGGCUGCAUUUCUAUCAUCUUUCCAUGUAUUGCAACAGGGCGAGGUCACAAGUAUAACUCACACAGGGAGGAAGCAGCCAUGAUAGCAUUGGAGGCAGUAAGGGAUUACCUCAUGGAUAAGAGAAAACAAGGCAAGGUACCGUUCGCAAACAUUGUCUUUUGUGUUCAUUCUGGCAAAUAUGAAGAGAUUUAUAAGCGGCUUAUUCCGAUGUACUUCAAUUUUGGGCCCAAUUAUGUGGCAGGGCAACCGAACCACCCUGAUCAGUUGGCACCUAUGGGCCACAAGGAUACUCGUCUUCAAAACCCAGUUGAUAUGACAAAUGGUGGUCAAAAAUACUUCAACAAUGUGCCGAGACAGCAGAAUCACCCUACUCAAGCGGCACAUAGCGACCGUAAGAAUAAUGGUCCUCAAAAACCAGAUGAUGCAACUAAUGGCGGUCAAGGAUACUACAACAAUCGUGAGUCCAACUAUGUGCCAAGGCAACAACAUUACCCUGGUCAAGUGGCACCUAAACCGCCAUAUGAGGCAGCCAAAAAAUGA